UUAGUGGUGCUUAAAGUUUAACUUGAUCGAAAACAGCAUUCUUGAGACGACAGCAAACCCUAAGCAAACAACCGAUACGAACACAUUUGAGAGCAAGAAGAAGAACACGGAAUGCGAAAGUGAGUCGUUCCUUUGAUGGCAAGAGGUACAGAUUUUAGGCGGGUAGAUUAAAAGUGCGGUUUACAUCGGUUAAUACAUGGUCCACUGCACCGACACGGAACAUAUCUACAAUACAAGGGAAAAAUCCAGUUAUAUUUAAAUCAUAAAGUAUAAGUACAAUCGGAUCGACAUUCUCAAUUUUCUAAUGUAUCCUGAAAUUUGAGUCGUUUGACUUAACCUUCUGAUCAAUGGCAACUUAUUUGGAUUUGGAUAAGUGCAAAUUAUUGUGUUCUUGUAAGAGAACGAGUCCAUUAUGCACGUUAUAUUUCUGCCGACAUUGUUUAACUCUUCGAUGUCCUGAUUGUGUUUCACAUGAGGUGGAUUCUUAUUACUGUCCAAAUUGUCUUGAAAAUAUGGCAAGUGCUGAGGCAAAAAUGCGAAAGCAUCGUUGUGGUAAUUGUUUUGAUUGUCCUAGCUGUGGGCAUACGUUGUGUACACGUGCUACUGCAGUGGUCCAAGCUAAACCCGAUGAACCGGGUAGAACUACAGCACAGAAGGCCUAUUUUUUAGCCUGUGGUUUUUGUCGUUGGAUUACUAGAGAUAGUGGUAUUCCAGAUCAACAACAGGCUGCUGGUGGAUGGCAAGAGAAAACAAGUCCACAUUUUAAGCGGAUCUCUGAAUUAAUCGAUAGUUAUCGUCAUUUGGCCGUUCAAGAGAAGGAAGAUCAAGAGUGGAAUAAAUUUGCCCGGAAGAGAAAUUAUAUGAUUCUACUGGAACGUUACCCUGUUUUAAAUCCGCGCUUACGACGUUACUGUUCAUCUUCGUGGACGACACCUCAACGAGAGAGUGGUCCAGCUAAAAAGGUGGUAAUUCCAUCUUCUGAAGCUAUCUCCGAUAUUCCACCGUUUGAUCUAGAUGAAUACAUCAACCAACCAUUGAAUAUCGAUAAAAUAACCAAUAUUCAUCAGCGUCAUUUAGCACCACAAGUUCAACCAAAGCAUAUAUCACAAUUGGAACCACGACCAAAAAGUUUAGUUGUUAAACGAUCAAUGCGUUGUCGUGUUUGUGAGCAUAAUUUAUGCAAAUCUGAUUUUAAUCCAAGUUCUAUUAAAUUUCGAAUCAAUUUGAGUGCUAUUUAUCAUGUCCCUGAACUGAGAUACAUGAUCCCAUCACCGUCAACUUCAGCGACAGGAAAAACAACUCCAUCAGGCAAUGUUGGAUUGAAUGUGAAUAAAGCUGAUUUUCAACGGCGUACUUCUACAACACUAGUUGCUAUGAAAUCUGAACCUGUGGUACAUGCAAACGCUGCGCCUGGUCAAAAACUCAAUCUAAUUUUAACGCUAACUAAUCCAAUGCAUCGUGUUACAACUGUAUCACUGCGUCAGUUAACUAUAGCUGAAGAAUUACAACACCUAGGACACCUGAUAGUUAAAGAUCACGGGACUGAAAAGUCAUCUGCAUCGUCUACAAUAACAAAAGUUGAGUCAACUUCAUCUGCCAGCAGUACCAAUGAAUCACUAUUAGUUAGUUCUUCUGGAGAUACACCUCCUACACCGUUGUCAACUGACGAACAGGAAUUAUGUUUUUCUACUGUGAAUGUUAUUUUACCGACUGAAGAAUUGAAGCUUGCACCUCGUAAUGAUAUUGUGGAUUGUGAUGUAAGCGCAAGUCAAAAUUCAGGAGACUACAAAGAUGAUCCAAAGAUCGUAGCAUUCCGUCGUGGUAACAAACUCGGUAUUAACAUUGACUUAAUACCCAAAAACAACACUAGUAGUAAGGCAAAAACAUCACGAAAUCCAAGUUUAGCUCCGGUUAGUGAAGAAGAACAAGGCAUUGAUAUAAUAAUACAGCCUAAAUCAUCUACUGAGUUAGUUCCAUUAAGAGCAGCUAUUCACUUGACUUAUGAUUACAAGAAUACAUCAACCACAUUAUUGACUGCAGCGGCGGCGGCAGCAGCUGCCGCGGCUAACAAAUCAAACGAUUCAAUAUCUCCAAACAAAUCGACAGAAACAACAACAACAAUCAGUUCUGAGACAUCAAGUACUACUACACCGACAGCAGCAGCAUCUGUUGUCUUAGAGCAACAACAACAACAACGGCCUCCACCACCGCCAGCUGAUGAAAUUCAACAAAUUCAAGUCAUAGCAUUACUUGAUUUCGGUCAUAUGCCUGUCAAAAACUAAAAGAAACUAAUAACAUACCUGAUAACUUCUUUUCAUAUAUUGCGGAAUUCUAGUUCUGCACUUCAACACAUUGCUUUUCCUAACUUACUUUCUUGUGAUCGAUUAUUUUGCUUAUUUAUACGCUUUGUGUGGAUGGGUGGGUGUGUUGGACUAACGUAAUUUGACCUUUUUUUAAAUAUUAAUAAAGCACUUUGGGUCAAUGGUGAUGAAUCUGAGUUUUAGGUUAAGGGGUAAUAAUAAUAAUAAACUGUUUUUGAACAUUUUUCAUACAUUUUGGUUCCUUUGAUAAAUUUCGAUGAAGAAAGGAAGACGAAAUUUGCAGUAUAAUAAAAUGAUUUCAUCAUUCU